AUGGAGGAGCGGAACCCAGAAGGACCUGGAGCUGGUGAGACGGCAGGGAAAGGCCGCCUUCCCACCCAAGCUGGGAAUUCUGAAUUCUGGCAAAGCCAAGGGCCAGUUAUCUGUAAUCAGCUGCCUGCAGCCUCAGAUGUGCAUUUCCGACGCUUCCAGCAGUUCCGCUACCAGGAGGCCGAAGGGCCUCGAGAGAUGUGGGCCUCGUCCGUGAAGAAAGAAGCUACAUUCCCGGAGGCAGAAGGAGCUUCCUUGGAGCAAGGGCAGAGGGCGCAGGCUGUGGAGCGUGCCCAAGGUGCCCUCUCCUGUGGCAGUGAAGAGAUGCUGUUGAGCCGUCGUCUUUUCAGAAGUUUGGAAACGGCUGCUGCACUCACAGCCCAGGGUCCCUUUUCCUUUGAGGAGGUGUCCGUCUCUUUCACGGAGGCAGAGUGGGCCCUGCUGGAUCCAGGACAAAGAGCUCUCUACUGGGAAGUCAUGCUGGAGAACUAUGGGAACGUGGCCUUUCUGGCCAGAAGUAGAAGAGAGACUGUGGUGGAGACGGACAACGGCCUUGCAUCGAAAGAAAUGCUGGGGAGUGCCUCAAGAGGAUCCCAAGAGACUAUUUCCUUCCCCAACGAGGUGGCUGAGAGUGAGUAUCCUUCACGGUUCUGUCAAGGGAACAGGCAAGGAACAGCCACAGGGCUUCUGAGCAACAUUUAG